AUGUUAUAUGCAGAUCAACAAGUUGUAGCAGGUGAAGAUGGUGUGCCUAGGUAUUUUAAUCAUCCUUUUAUGCAAUCUUCUUUCAUGUUUGUUGGAGAGAUGAUGUGUAUUAUAAUGUUCAAAAUUCUUUACCAUUAUUAUAGUCGUAGAGGUGAUAAUUCUAUAGAUAAUAAUCCUUUAACUAAAGGCUCACGUGUGUAUAAUCCAUUUAUAUUACUGAUUCCUGCUUUAUGCGAUACAUGUGCUACCUCUAUCAUGUAUGUUGGCCUUAAUUUGACAUAUGCAAGUAGCUUUCAAAUGUUUCGUGGUGCUGUUAUUGUAUUUACAGCUAUACUUUCAAUGGGUUUUCUUAAUAGAAAAUUAUGUAGUAGAGAAUGGUUUGGUAUAGGAACAGUUAUAAUUGGUUUAGCUCUUGUUGGGCUUAGUGAUAUAACUAUGGAAGAUUCAACAAUCAACAAAAAUUCUAUUUUAACUGGAGAUUUGCUUAUAAUAUGUGCACAGAUUAUAACAGCAAUUCAAAUGGUGGUGGAAGAAAAAUUUGUAACAGUACAAAAUAUAUCAGCAUUGGAAGUAACUGGCUGGGAAGGUGUAUUUGGAUUCAUUUGUAUAUGCAUCUUAAUGAUUCCUCUUAACUUUAUACAUGCUCCACCUCCAUUUGCUGAUAAUUCUCGAGGAACUCUUGAAGCUACAAAGGAUGCAUUUAUUCAAAUUGGAAAUAGUAGUCAUUUACUGAUGGCAAUAAUUGGUAUAUCAUUCAGUAUAGCAUUUUUCAACUUUGCUGGUAUUAGUGUUACCAAAGAAAAGAGUGCUACUACAAGAAUGAUAUUAGAUAGUAUUCGAACAAUUGUUAUAUGGGCUUUCUCUUUAGCAUUUGAGUGGCAGACAUUCUAUUACUUACAGCUUAUUGGUUUUACUAUUCUACUCGUUGGAAUGUGUUGCUAUAAUAAUGUUAUUAUUCCUCAAUUAUUGAGAAAAUGUAGAUAUCGUCUGUGCCGCCAUAGACCACCUUCAAAUGAUCAGGAACAAAUUAUUAAUACAGCCGCAGACGACGUUCAGGAAAGUGCAUAAAAACAUAUUUCUUUUUAAAUACACCUGGA